AUGUCCCGGGAGUUUCAAGUAGAGUCUGAGAUAUCUGAUAAGCAAUUAAAUCAUCAAUCUACUUCUUUAGUCAUACCUAAAAUUACCAGACUAAGAAUUCAUAAUUCAAUGUACUAUAAGGUCAAUUUACAUCCAGCGAGUCUACGAGGAGAAACAAUGAAGCAUGUCUCUAAAGUUAUGAUCCGUGAACUCGGAACUUGUAAGAAUAGGAGCACGGUAAGUGGAACUGCAUGUGGUACAGUUGAAUUUCAAUGUUUGUUGAUGAAGAUGGUGGAGAUUCGGCCAACAUGGAGUCAGCUUCAUUUGAUGUUGCAGUUAGAUGACUGCUCUGAAAAAGCUGGUCCCUUCAACAAUAAGUACAUUGUGGUAUUAAUUCUAGUCUACCUCAGAAUCCAAUAUUAUUACUUGGUUAAUAAAGGCACUGAAGAGAUUAAACCACUAAGCAACCUGGACACCACUGGAGAUAUAGAUGCAGGUAAGAUUAAAACACUGUUCGCUCAUUUUUUAAGAGAUUGUAGAAAAAUAAAGAGCAUCAACUUACAUGAUGAUCCAUGGAGCACCUCUAUCCAAAAAAGAGUAGAUAUAUACCAUAUAGAUGAGAUUGUUGACUGGCUAUGCACAAAUGAUUCAAUAUGGGGGGUUCCACUAGGAAAAUGUCCAUGGCUUAUAGAAAUACUUGAAGCAGAAGCAGAUGAAGAAAGUGACGGUAGUGACCAUACUUCCUAA